AAAAAUCUCCACAGCUAAUGUCAUUUGUUGAUGCAAUCAGACCCAUUAGAGGGAGAGCUUGGUCCAAAGUGAAUUACUUCUAUGUGCCAUGGAACAAUAAUAACAAACAUUGGAUGACAUUGGUAGUAGACAUUAGAAUGUGGACAAUAUGGAUUUAUAACUCCAAUCCAGACUAUUGGAUCUCCAUAGAAGCAAUGGAAAGAUCAGUGCAACCACUUGCCGAAUAUUUUCCGCUAUUACUUCGUGAUAGUGGUCAUUUUAAUGAAUUUCGUGCUCAGUGUAAGUACUUCAUGAAGAUAGAAGUUGCCCCCGCAGAUACUGUUCCUCAAAGCAAUAGAAUGGGAGAUUGUGGUAUAUUCAUGCUGAAGACAAUAGAAAUGCACAUUGCUGGUAAGUGCAACGAGUCAGCUAGAACGUUGCUAAACGACGACAACAUAGAUACUUUUAGACAAGCAUAUGCAGAUCAAUUAUAUGUAGGUAGUGCAGAUCCCUAGUUAGAUAUGUUGUUUUUUUUUUUGUUACGAACAUUCGCUUUUGGUGUUAUGUAUCUCUUAUACAAUAUUAUUAAAUGAUCAAAUUGUAAUGAUAUAAUUGAUUGGUCACUGCUGA